CUUAGGAUUCUGGAAUGUCAACAGGGCGCGAGGGAGCUCUUGCCCCUGUGGAGCAACAAGGGGAUUCUGGGGUGCGCUAGGGUCUCUUGGGGGAGCUCCUGGAGUGCAAGAAAGGCUCCUGUCGAGGAAGGAUGGAGCUGAUGUGCGCCUUGGGGUUCUGGCACGUGACUUGUUAAGGUUUGGGAGGUAGAAUUGGGGUUUGGGGCUCCUAAUCUCCAAGACUGAGGCCUCUGCAACCCCUACCCCACCCCGGGGUGUGAAUUUCGACUCUCUCGGAGUCUGGAAUGCUGAGAAGCCUCGGGGUUUGGAUCUAGGACAAGCUAGAUCAGGCAAGCUCCAGCACAGGCGGGCCCUGGGCGGGAGCUGCGCAUCUGGGGCGCGGGUUGGGUUCUUGGAGACUUUCUGGGAUUAGGCGGAACGGAGCCACACCCCCUGGAGCCAUAGCUCCGCCUUCAGCACCUGCUUAUUUUCACCGCUUGGUUGCCUUGGAGACUCGAAGGAUGCGGGCUCCCGGAGCAGGAACAGCCUCUGUAGCCUCGCUGGCGCUGUUUUGGCUUCUGGGACUUCCGUGGACCUGGAGCGCGGCGGCAGCGUUCGGUGUGUACGUGGGUGGCGGCGGCUGGCGCUUUCUGCGUAUCGUCUGCAAGACGGCGAAGCGGGACCUCUUUGGCCUCUCCGUUCUGAUUCGUGUGCGGCUAGAGCUGCGACGACACCGGCGAGCAGGAGACACGAUCCCACGCAUCUUCCAGGCCGUGGCCCGGCGACACCCAGAGCGCCUGGCACUGGUGGACGCGAGUAGCGGUGUAUGCUGGACCUUCGCACAGCUGGACACCUACUCCAACGCUGUGGCCAACCUGUUCCACCAGCUAGGCUUUGCCCCGGGCGACGUGGUGGCCGUGUUCCUAGAGGGCCGGCCGGAGUUCGUGGGACUGUGGCUGGGCCUGGCCAAGGCCGGUGUGGUGGCUGCACUUCUCAAUGUCAACCUGAGGCGGGAGCCCCUGGCCUUCUGCCUGGGCACAUCAGCUGCCAAGGCCCUCAUUUAUGGCGGGGAGAUGGCAGCGGCGGUGGCGGAGGUGAGUGAGCAGCUGGGGAAGAGCCUCCUCAAGUUCUGCUCUGGAGAUCUGGGGCCUGAGAGCGUCCUGCCAGACACGCAGCUCCUGGACCCCAUGCUUGCCGAGGCGCCCACCACACCCCUGGCACAAGCCCCAGGCGAGGGCAUGGAUGAUCGGCUAUUUUACAUCUAUACUUCUGGGACCACGGGGCUUCCUAAGGCAGCCAUUGUGGUGCACAGCAGGUACUACCGCAUUGCAGCCUUCGGCCACCAUUCUUACAGCAUGCAGGACUCCGAUGUGCUCUACGACUGCCUACCGCUCUACCACUCUGCAGGGAACAUCAUGGGCGUGGGACAGUGUGUCAUCUACGGGUUGACGGUGGUACUGCGCAAGAAAUUCUCCGCCAGCCGCUUCUGGGAUGACUGUGUCAAGUACAAUUGCACGGUGGUGCAGUACAUCGGUGAAAUCUGCCGCUACCUGCUGCGGCAGCCGGUGCGCGACGUGGAGCGGUGUCACCGCGUGCGGCUGGCGGUGGGGAACGGACUGCGGCCGGCCAUUUGGGAGGAGUUCGCGCAGCGCUUCGGCGUGCCGCAGAUUGGCGAGUUCUACGGCGCCACCGAGUGCAACUGCAGCAUCGCCAACAUGGACGGCAAGGUGGGCGCCUGCGGCUUCAACAGCCGAAUCCUCACGCAUGUGUACCCUAUCCGGCUGGUGAAGGUCAACGAGGACACGAUGGAGCCACUGCGGGACUCCCAGGGCCUGUGCAUCCCGUGCCAGCCCGGGGAACCCGGCCUUCUCGUGGGCCAGAUCAACCAGCAGGACCCUCUGAGGCGUUUCGAUGGUUAUGUUAGCGACAGCGCCACCAACAAAAAGAUUGCCCACAGCGUGUUCCGAAAGGGUGACAGCGCCUACCUCUCAGGUGACGUGCUAGUGAUGGACGAGUUGGGCUACAUGUAUUUCCGUGACCGCAGCGGGGACACCUUCCGUUGGCGCGGGGAGAACGUGUCCACCACGGAGGUGGAAGCUGUGCUCAGCCGCCUGCUGGGCCAGACGGACGUGGCUGUGUAUGGGGUGGCUGUGCCAGGCGUGGAGGGGAAAGCCGGCAUGGCGGCCAUCGCAGAUCCGCACAGCCAGCUGGACCCUAACUCAGUGUACCAGGAACUGCAGAAGGUGCUGGCAUCCUAUGCCCGGCCCAUCUUCCUGCGUCUUCUGCCCCAGGUGGAUACCACAGGCACCUUCAAGAUCCAGAAGAGCCGGCUGCAGCGCGAAGGCUUCGACCCGCGCCAGACCUCAGACCGGCUCUUCUUUCUAGACCUGAAGCAGGGGCGCUACCUACCCCUGGAUGAGAGCGUCCAUGCCCGCAUCUGCGCAGGCGACUUCUCACUCUGAGCCUGGCAAGGGUGACGGGCCUGGACUCCUGAGACCCAGAAGCCUGAUACCCUCUUCAGGUGCUUCUCCUGCCGGGCCACGUGGACAGCAGCCCCUGUGGGAGUAGGAAACCGGAACCUGAGUGGCUGGGGUCCCUCUCCUACUUCCGUCUAUGCAUCCAUUGGCCUCCGCCUUCAUCUUUUUCUCCGUCUCUUUUCUCCCUACCCACAAAACAUGUUGGCUGCUGUGUCCUGCAGUUGGACCAGUGUGUAGAGGUCCAGGCUGCAGGCUAUGACCCACACUGGCGCCCACCUCCCUUUCCCAUUGUGCCUUAGGUUCAUCCACGGUUCCCUUGGAGCACGUGGGGCCCACAUAGCUGCUGUCCCCGUUGAGGGUUGAUAGCAGGCACACCCUCGUGUCAUCUGGAAGACACAUGCAGUCUCCCACUGACCCCCAAUCAACUGAAAACAUUGUUUUGUAUUAUUGUUUCGUUUUGAGAUAGGGUCUCGCUGUGCAGGCCACGCUGGCCUCAGACUCACCACCCCACUGCCUCUGGGCACCAUUCUGCAGUCUCAGACCGAGGACACUUGUCACUAGUGUCCCUAGGGGCCUUCUGAGUCUCCACUUUCCCUCAUAAAAGCUUCCUGAACUGACUGAUCACUUGGAUGUGGCUAGCGUUGGCUCUGCCCACGUGUCACUCUGAAAGCCCUCACCCUGGCACAACUUACUGUGGUGUGCUCUUGGGCACCCCCUGGUGGCAGCCCUGGACAAGCCUCCCCGUUGCACUAGUGCAGAUAGCCUAGACCCUGCUGCCUAUGACAUUAGAGUUCUGCUCUUCUGGCUCCCGUGGUCCCCACUGAGAUCCUUGGUGACGCACCUCAGUCACCAAGCAGGGCCUCGGUCUGCCUUCAUCUGCAAGGGCAGGAAGGGCGUGGACAGCGCAGCCACGGCUGCCGGCAAUCAACCAUGCACGAGUGUUAUUUCCUUGUUGGUUUAAAAAAAUAAACGUGCUGCGCUUUGACA